GGCUCUGAUUGGUGGAAAGUUACUGUGGGAAAGAAAGUUUGGGAAGUUUCACACGAGCCGUUCGCGUGCAGUGAGAGAUAUAAAUACAAGCCACACGCGGAGAGACCAACAGAGAGAUUCUGACUGCGCUCCUGUUCACUUCUGCUGCCGCUCCUGCGCCGCGCACUGACGGAUUUACACUUGAUUCACAUCUCAGGAUCUUUUCCCCCUUGUGGUCGAGGGUACUCUUUGAAACAAGAAAUCAGAAAACAUCCCUCAAACUCCCCGUUACACCGGUGGACCGUAUUUUCCUGUAUUUUCCUGGGAUAUUUCCAUAAAAAAGAUGCCUGCCGAUAUGAUGGAAAAGACCUCCUCCUCCCCGGUUGCUGCCACCCCGGCAAGCAUGAACACAACCCCCGACAAACCCAAGACAGCAUCAGAACACAGAAAGUCAUCAAAGCCGAUUAUGGAAAAGAGAAGAAGAGCCAGAAUCAACGAGAGCCUGGGUCAGCUGAAAACUCUCAUCCUGGAUGCGCUCAAAAAAGACAGCUCCAGACACUCCAAACUGGAGAAGGCAGACAUCCUGGAGAUGACUGUGAAGCAUCUGCGGAACCUGCAGAGAGCUCAGAUGACCGCUGCUUUGAACACAGACCCCACCGUCUUGGGCAAAUACCGUGCGGGUUUCAGUGAGUGCAUGAACGAAGUCACUCGGUUCCUGUCCACCUGCGAAGGCGUCAAUACCGAGGUCAGGACGCGGCUGCUCGGUCACCUGGCCAACUGCAUGACCCAGAUCAACGCCAUGAACUAUCCCAACCAGCAUCAGCACCAGCACCAGCAUCAGCACCAGAUGCCCUCCGCCGGCGGGCCAACGCACCCGUCCUUCAGCCAGUCCGUGGUGCAGAUCCCCAACUCGCCUCCGCAGGUCCUGCCCAUGAACGCAGUCCCGUGUAAAGGAGCCUCUUCGCCCGCGAGUUUACCGUCAGACGCCACCAAAGUGUACGGCGGUUUCCAGAUCGUGCCUGCCACAGAUGGACAGUUCGCAUUCCUCAUUCCCAAUGCGGCUUUUGCGCCCAAUGGCCCGGUCAUUCCCGUUUACGCCAACAACGUCAGCACACCAGUGCCUUUGCCGGCUGCAGUUUCACCGGGAGCCCCGUCAGGCAACACAGACUCAGUGUGGAGACCGUGGUAAAGAAA